AUGGUUGUUACAUUAGGGGAUGACGCCUCAGGUUUAUCAGCAGUGCAAAAGUGUACAAAUGAAUGUAGGAGGAGAACGGAAAUUCUUGAAGAUGACAUAACGUUUGGAGGUCCUGCAACUGCCACCAGCGAGGAAAACAUUGACUGUGUUCACGAAAUGGAGAUGGAUGACCAGCGAUUGACCAUAAAUCAAAUAACCAAUGCUAUCAGCAUAUCCCGGAAAAGUGUUGAAAAUAUUCUGUACAAUAAUAUUUGCAUAAUGAAGGUUUCUGCUCCUUGGGUGCCAUAUAUUUUGACAACUGUUCAAAAGCACACCAGACUGUUCACAUCAAAGGAAAACUUGACAAUGUUUGAGGCAGAUCCAACUACGUAA